CUUCCUUUAAAGAUGUCUUGCCAACACGAAAAUUUAGACGGUGGAAAAUGCACAAACGCUUCCUGUGAUUAUUGCUUACACGAAGUCAAGUUUGGCGGUUUAUGUGCUGUUUGCGGCAACGUCAUUCAAGACGAGGAAGAAUCACAAGUCGAUCAAAUUAAAAUGACACACAAAGACACUGGCAUCACUGUCAGCUUAAACGAGGCAAAACGUCUGGAACAACAGGAUGCAAAAAGAUUAUUAGAGGCAAGAAAGCUUUCUUUAAUCGUCGAUCUGGAUCAGACUAUUUUACAUGCAACAUGGGAACCUUCAAUUGCUGACUGGGUCAAAGAACGAAAAGAAACAGAUAGCCAGUCUGUCAAAGAUAUCAGGCAAUUCACCUUGGACGGUAGUCCGUUAAUUUACUCCAUUAAAUUAAGACCAGGACUAUCUGAAUUCCUCAAAGAUGUGUCUAAAAAAUACGAAAUGCAUAUCUACACGAUGGGCACACGUUCCUAUGCUGAAGCCGUUGUGAGAGAAAUUGACCCUGAUGGUACUCUUUUCCAGGACAGAAUCCUAUCUCGUGAUGAAAAUGGUAGUAUGACAAAAAAGAGACUCGAACGCUUGUUCCCUUCAGAUACAUCCAAGGUUGUUGUACUCGAUGAUCGUGGAGAUGUCUGGGAUUACUCUCGUAACCUUAUCCAGAUCAAACCUUACGAGUACUUUAUUGGUAUCGGUGACAUCAAUUCGCCUUUUGCUCAACCCAAAAAGGACAUUAUACCAUCCGCUGAAUCUCUCUCCAAAACAAUUGUACAUAAACAGUCUUCUACCGCACCACACACGAAUACCAGCGACGAGAAGAAUGCUGCAAAUGAUCGAGAGGACCCAGAUCACAAGGAUGAGGCAAAUCACGAAAAUGGGUUAAACAUCAAGGAAGAGCCAAUCCACAAAGAAACGUCAAUCCAUCAUCAAGAAGACCUCCAUAUUAAAGAGGAACCAAAUCAUGAGGAUGAGUCAAAUCAUAACGAAGAACCAAAGCACAAUGAGGAUCCAAAUCACAUUGUGCAGGCAAAUCAUAAAGAAGAGACACAUCAUAAUGCAGAACCAAAGGUUAAAGUGGAGGUAGACGAAUCAUCGAUAAGGCUGAACGAUGAUAAUAACAUUACAGCUCACGCCGAGAAGGAUAAAGAGGAUAAAGACGACGUCCCAGCAGUAAAAGAGGAGGAAGGCAGCCAAAGUGUGGGCACAAACAGUAUAGAGGAUACGGAUAGUUCAUCGGAAAAGAACCAUGAUGGAGAAAGUGCGGAUAUUUAUUCAGAUACAGAGGAUGAUGAAGAGAACGCACCUAAAUAUCCACCUCCAAAAGAUGAUGCCGUGUUUAAAGUUCCUGCAAGGAUUCAAAAGGACACCCAUUUGCCAAACACACAUGAUGCCGAUGAUACUCUUCGUGUCAUACGAAAGACAUUAUUCGAUGUACAUAAUAUAUACUUUAACGACCUCUUGAAGCGUAACCAAAAACCUGACGUGGCCAUUAUUUUAAACUCGUUAAAGCGAAAAGUUUUACGAGAUGUGAACGUGGUUUUUUCUGGCAUCAUCCCACUUCAUCAGACACGGCCUGAAGAUUCUUGGAUUUGGCGUAUGGCGACUUCCUUUGGAGCGAAUUGCUUUCAUGAAUUAACAGGAAAAGUGACCCAUUUAAUUGCUGCUAAUCCUGGUACAGAUAAAGCUUUGACAGCAAGGAAACAUGGAAAUAUCAAAAUCGUGACACCUGCAUGGAUCACCGACUCGGUUUGGAAUUGGGAACGAUUGAAUGAGACAGAAUAUUUAUUACCAAUGGCUGAUGUCACACCACCCGAGCCUGAAAUAGAGGAUCCAGAAUCUACGCUUUUAGAAAUCGAGUUUGACUGGGAGGAUGAUGAAGUGGAUGAAGCGUUAGGAAGCGAUGACGAAGAGGAUGACGAAGACGAAAAAAACGUGGAAAAGACAAAUGGAAAGGCUCCUUCAAUACCAAAACAGCCUGAGGAAGACCAGGAUUUGGAUGAUUUAGAAGAGGAUGAGCUAUUUCGUGCAGAUAUGGAUGCUGUCUUAGGCGAAGAUAUGGAUGAAAUAUUGGGUUCUGAUGAUGAUGACGACAUGCCGGAUUCAUACGAUGAAGAUGAGUAUGAUAUGUCGGAUGAUGAAGAGAGAAUUUCACUUAAGAGAGAGAGAGAAGACGAUGAUUUGGAUGAUGAGCGACCAUACAAACAUUAAAUACCUAUCUGCUUACCUUGUAUAAAUUAGCUUUUUUUAAAUAUUCAAUAAACUACGGAACAUGCUUUUUAUUAAGUAUCUACAAGAAAGGGCGAUCUUUGGGAGAUUUUUCGUUUACUUUUUGUUGUUAAGGAUGAGCACUUAAUCCUGAAGCAUUACUUGCUCUUCUAUUAGGGUUGGAGAUACUUAAAGCUCUUGCCAUUCUUCUACGU